AUGAAUAUGAUUAAUAAGUCUGUUGUGACUGAAUUUGUCUUGCUGGGACUCUCUAAUUCCUGGGAACUACAGAUAUUUUUCUUUAUAGUGUUUUCACUCUUUUAUGUGGCAACGGUGGUGAGUAACAUCAUUAUACUCGUCAUUGUCAUGUCUGACCCUCAUCUACACUCUCCUAUGUAUUUCCUGCUUACCAACCUUUCUGUUAUUGAUAUGUCUCUUGCUUCCUUUGCCACCCCCAAGAUGAUCAUAGACUAUCUAACUGAUCAUCAAACAAUCUCAUUUGGGGGAUGCAUAUCUCAGAUAUUCUUUCUCCACCUGUUUACUGGUACUGAGAUUAUUUUACUAAUGGCUAUGUCUUUUGACAGGUAUAUUGCCAUUUGUAAACCCCUGCGCUAUGCUUCAAUCAUUAGUCCCCAGGUGUGUAUUGUCUUUGUGGUGUUUUCAUGGAUUGUGGGAGUCAUGCAUUCAAUGAGCCAGGUCAUAUUUGCCCUCACAUUACCAUUCUGUGGCCCCAAUAAAAUAGAUAGCUUUUUCUGUGACCUUCCUGUGGUAUUCCAGUUGGCUUGUGUGGAUACUUAUGUUCUUGGUCUCUUUAUGAUUUCAACAAGUGGAAUUAUUGCAUUGUCUUGCUUUAUUCUCUUAUUUAAUUCAUAUAUUAUUGUGUUGGUUACAAUAAAGCAUCAUUCUUCCAGAGGAUCAUCUAAGGCUCUUUCCACCUGUACGGCCCAUUUCAUUGUUGUCUUCAUGUUUUUUGGGCCAUGCAUCUUCAUCUAUAUGUGGCCACAAAACAGCUUCGUGAUAGAAAAAAUCCUGUCUGUAUUUUAUACAAUCUUCACUCCUAUUCUGAAUCCAGUAAUAUAUACUUUGAGAAAUCAAGAAGUAAAUUCAGCCAUAAGGAAACUGAGAAGUAAGUAUCUAAAUUUCAGUACAGAAUCUCCUUCCCAUUUUUUUUAG